AUGGCUGCUUCCUCUCAAAUCGCCCAGGAACAGCAGCGCAGCGCUGUGCUGCAUCGCGACAUCCACCAUAUCCCCAAGCAGGCAGUCCGUGGCGAAGGGAGCUACAUCUUCCUCGAAAACGGGCAGAAAAUCCUCGAUGCCACCGGCGGCGCAGCCGUAUCGUGCUUGGGCCAUGGAAAUGACCAAGUGAACCAGGCCAUCGUUGCCCAGAUCAACCAGAUCUCAUACUGCCAUACGGCGUUCUUUGGCAUCAAGACCUUUGAAGAGCUCGCCGCUUUGAUGGUGAAUUCUACCGGUAACAGACUGACAAAGCUGUUUGUGAUCAGCUCAGGUUCCGAAGCCAUGGAAGCCGCCAUGAAACUGGCACGCCAGUACUUUCUUGAGCUGUCCACUCCGCAGCCGCAACGGACACGAUUCAUCGCUCGCAGGCAAUCCUAUCACGGCACCACGCUGGGCGCUCUGUCCAUGGGCGGGCAUGUGAGCAGACGGGAGCUCUUUGAGCCGCUGCUCCUGCCAAACGUCUCCCAUGUGUCUCCCUGCUACGCCUAUCGAGGGCGGAAAGACGGGGAAUCCGAUGAGGACUAUGUCGCGCGUCUGGCGAAUGAGCUGGAUGCUGAGUUCCAGCGCGUGGGACCGGAGACGGUUUGCGCUUUUGUCGCAGAGCCUGUUGUCGGCGCGGCCCUAGGCUGUGUUCCUGCAGUACCAGGGUAUCUUCAAGCCAUGAAACGCGUCUGCGAGAAAUACGGUGCUCUCCUCAUCCUCGACGAGGUGAUGUCUGGCAUGGGCCGCUGUGGGACGCUGCACGCAUGGGAGCAGGAGGGCGUCGUUCCCGACAUCCAGACCAUCGGCAAGGGCUUCGGAGGCGGAUACCUGCCAAUUGCAGGCGUCUUGAUUGGCGAGCACAUCGUCGACACCCUGGACAAGGGCACGGGCGUUUUCCGGCAUGGACAGACAUAUCAGGGCCAUCCGGUGGCCUGCGCCGCGGCUCUGGCCGUGCAGAAGAUCAUCCGGGAGCAGAACCUUCUCGAGAACGUCCGGGCCAUGGGCGCGCUCCUCGAGUCGGAGCUCAAACGUCGUCUGAAGGACCAUCCGAACGUCGGCGAUAUCAGAGGACGGGGUCUAUUCUGGGGGAUCGAAUUCGUCAAGGACAAAAAGACGAAGGAGCCCUUCGACCCCAAACUGGGCGUCUCCGCCCGUGUACAGAACACAGCCUUGGAGCCGGCAUAUGGCAUUUCACUGUACGCGGGUGCAGGGACGGUCGACGGUGUGCGUGGGGACCACAUACUGAUUGCACCGCCGUACAAUACGACCAAAGAGGAGAUUGAAUUGAUCGCCUCUCUGACGCAGAGGGUGAUUGAAGACGUGUUUUCGAAAAUAUCAACUAGCUAA